CCAGGAUUGUGCACAGCACAAACAAACAAGGCUAGCUACAGCAACCUCAACUCUAUCUCCAACUAAUGAUAUGAUCCACAAGAGAAAUCGAAAGCAACAUGGAAGGAACGGAAGGCCUCUCGAGCCCUUCUUCUCCAUUUCCUCCAUUGCCCAGCUCCUGACCUGAUCUGAUGGAAGCAGCAGCGGCCACUACCUCCUCCCUGCUACUCUUCUCCAGCCCCAGGAGGUCCCGGAGCUUUCCUUCCCCCUCGUUGCUUGGGCCUCCUCCUCCUUGCAAGAGCUGCUCCAUCUCCAUCUCCUCAGCGAAGCAGCAGCACCUGAUUUGCCUCGCCGUAGCAAGGCUAGACGGAACCAAGAGUGGCAGAAGCAGCAUCCUGAGGUGCUCUUCUAGUGUCACUGACGGCCCAUCAACCGCUGUUUCUUCAGAAAGAUGGCUUCUUGAGCCUGCAGGUGACGGCGAUUGGCGUCAUAUCGGCUACAAAGUUACACGCCCCGGCGCGUUUGAGAUAGCCUCCGAUUCGGUGACCGUUGGCCGGGUUGCAGACAAGGCUGACAUCGUCCUCCCUGUUGCAACAGUUUCUGGCGCGCAUGCUCGGCUGGAGAAGAAGGACGGGAGUCUGGUGGUGACGGACCUCGACAGCACCAACGGCACCUACAUCAACGAGCGGCGGCUUGUCCCUGGCUUCGCCGUGCCCGUCGACCCCGGCAGCCUACUCAUCUUUGGUGACAUCCACUUGGCCAUGUUUCGUGUCAGGAAGACGAUAGUUGAGGUGCCCAGCGAGGAGGCCGAGGGAGACGAACAAGAAAACAAGGAGCUAGUGUCUACUGCAGUUGAAGAUACUACAAGUUAGUUAGCAAAAGCUCUGUUGCUAUGCGUCGUCUCUCAGGAUCCAGGUGUGCGACAGAGUGCAAGCCAUCUGUAUUCUGUAACCAGGAGAAAAGCCGCAAAUUAAAGCAACAGCUACGGAUGUAAUAAAAAUGUAUACGGUGGUUAUCAGUUUCACCUGGAAAUGCAGCACCAACUACAAGUU